UCUCUCCCACUCAGCACCUGGAGAUGCGAUUACUCGCCUUCCUUCUCCCAUUCAGCCCUGAUGUGUUCUGGGCCGGCCGGAGCCGCACACAGCCCCUCCGGUCAUGCUGAGCUCGAACUCUGAUGGCGGCUCCAUGACGUCACACUGGGGGCCCCGCCCUCCACCCGUGUCCCCAAUGCCUGGGCUCAUGGGGUUGGUUCGGAGCCCGGCCCGAUGGCAUCGUCCAUGUCCUCCCCACCGUCUGGCUCUGCCUCUAAGAAGCCUCUGGACAAGAUGGCUGACUGGUUCAGGCGGGCUCUGGCAAAGAAGCCCAAGAAGAUGUCCAGCUCCCCAGAAAGCCCCUCCGGGACGAACACAGUGCAGCCCAGCUCCCAGCACGAAACCCCAGCCACGGCGUCCAGCUCCCCGGCCCCCACACCCGCACCCGAGGCCUCCAGCAGCGGCCGCUGGAGCAGAGACUAUGACAUCUGCGUGUGUCACAGUGAAGAGGACCUGGUGGCCGCCCAGGAGCUGGUCUCCUACCUGGAGGGCGGCCCCGGGGGCCUGCGCUGCUUCCUGCAGCUCCGUGACGCCACCCCCGGCGGCGCCAUCGUGUCCGAGCUGUGCCAGGCCCUGAGCGGCAGCCACUGCCGCGUGCUGCUCCUCACCCCGGGCUUCCUCAAGGACCCCUGGUGCAAGCACCAGAUGCUGCAGGCUCUGAGCCAGGAGCCCGGCGCCGAGGGCCGCACCAUCCCGCUGCUGGCGGGCAUCAGCCGGGACGCCUGCCCCGUUGAGCUGCGCUUCAUGUACUCCGUGGAUGGCCGGGGCCCAGACGGCGGUUUCCACCAAGUCAGGGAGGCCGUCUUGCGUUAUCUGCAGACACUCCGUUGACACUUGUGUCACCAGCGGGCCCCGAGUGUCAUGAACUGGGGUGACAGUGCCCUGGGCCUGGACAAAAGGAGUAAGAACAGCGCUCACGGGGCUUUGCAUGACCCGGCACGGGCUGUGGGAGCCCCAAGCCUGGGACAGUCAGGUACUGCCCCAGAAGGCUGUGGGGAAGCUGGGGA